AUGGCCAACCCCGAUCUGGCCAACUACCGCACACGAAAUGGACACACGGCGUUCCACAUUGCCAACUGCUGGAGCGCCGCCGACGAUCCCGCGGUCGAGGCGCUGAGCAUGCACCUCUUCUACUUCUUCAAGGACAAAGGUGCCGAUCUGAGCAGUCUGAAUGCCUAUAGGAAAAGUGUCCUGCACUAUGUUCCAAUUCACACCGAGAAGAAGAUUCGCGCUAUAAUAGAGGCAGGCGUGCGGCUGCGGCCGGACGCCGAGGGCCAGACAGAGCUUCACCUCACCAUACGCAGACUGGACUGGAAACUAUCUGAUAUUAAGUGCUUGUUGCGGUACGGCGCCUUUAAGAAUAUUAAUGCGCAGAACAACAAGGGCCGCACCCCGCUGGAUUUUUACCUUAAGUAG